GAAGAUAUCAAUCUUUCUAUCUUCUAUUCUGAUAAAAAUAUGUUUGAUGGGUGUUGCUCAGAUGCUGCUUUUACUACCUCAUGGCAUUUUUCCUUAGUGUAUGGUGAACCAAAUGUACAGUUGCGAAGGAGCAUGUGGAAUAAGGUGUUGAACAUGGGUAAGCCUAAAUCAAUCCUGUGGCUGCUAAUGGGGGACUUGAAUUUAGUUGGAGACAGCAGCGAUAAAAAGGGUAAACGUCCUCCACUGGUGACUGACAAAAGAAUAUUAGAGGAUUUAAUUUGCUCUUGUUUAUUACGGGAAGUAAUAUACAAAGGGCCCCAAUACACAUGGUCUAAAGGUCAUAUUCAAGAAAGACUUGACCGUGCAAUGAUCAAUGAUCAAUGGAGCCAACUAUUUCCAAAUGCCCAGUUAUUUCAUUGUACAAGAAUUGGAUCAGAUCAUUGCCCACUUUUAUUAUGCUUAAAAGCAAUUCCAGCUUGUUUCAAGAAGCAAUUCAGAUACGAGUUGAAAUGGCAACUGCAAGAUGGGUAUGCAGGAGUGAUUUCUCGAGGUUGGUCAACAGAUCGCUCCGGAUCACCAUUGUUUUGCAUGACAUUCAAGUUAGCUCAUUGUCAGAAAAACUCGAUAGAUUGGUGCAAAUCUUCCUUAGCAAAUUCACGUCAGGAGUUGGAAAACUUGCAACAAGAACUUGAUCGCAUACAAUUGGAAGAGCAAUCUGAAAUGAAUGACCAAAGGCAGAAGAUUAUUGUUUAUACUUCCCAGGCAUCUUGUAACUAUGAUCAGAUUGCUGGACUUAUAAGACCAUUUAUCACCUUGGAAAUGAAUGAAGAAUUACGUCGGCCAGUAUCAAACGCUGAAAUUCAAGCUGCAGUUUUCCAGCAAGGAGCAUUUAAGGCUCUAGGUGUCGAUGGCUUCCCAGGUUGCUUCUUUCAACAACAUUGGGACCUAGUUGGGGAAGAUGUUUGUAAGGCUGUCAAACACUUUUUUGAAAAUAGAUUGAUGCUAAAGGAGAUGAACAAAACCAGAAUCACUCUUAUUCCUAAAAUCAAGAAUCUGGAGUCGGUAUUUAUCCCUGGACGAGCCAUUCAAGAUAAUAUCCUAAUUGCACAUGAAGCUUUUCAUGGAUUACAUCUGAAGAAAAAAGGAAAGCACGGCAUUGUGGCUUUGAAGUUAGACAUUCAAAAGGCAUUUGUAGAGAUCUUAAUCACAGCAUUCAAGAUUUUUGGUGGGGUCAACAAAAAGAUGAAAGAAAAAUGCGGUGGAUUAGUUGGAAGUGCCUCACGAAGAGCAAACAUGUGGGAGAAGAGGAAUGCUAGCUGCACUCGCCUUUCUCCAGCACUCUCCAACACUCACUCAUGCGGUCAUCCAUCUUGGGCAUGGUCAAGUAUUCUGAAGGGCAGGGAUAUCAUUCAACUCAGAGCAAGAUGGAAUGUAGGUAAUGGCCAAGAUAUCCUGGUCUAUGAAGACAAAUGGAUACCCACAUUACUUGGUUUUAAGGUGACAUCGUCCUCACCUUCUAAUUCACUGCUCUCCCAUUUGUGUGAUUUAUUGGACAAUCAUGGGGAAUGGAAUGUCAAUAAAUUAAAUGAACACUGUAGUAGGGAAGAAUGUAAGGAAAUACUUAAGAUACCUACUGGGGCUUGUUUAGAUUCCAUUGUAUGGCACUAUGAUAAAUACGGAAGAUUUUCUGUUAAAAGUGCUUACUUACAGGCCCUUAAUGUUGCUCAUGAGGAUGGAUGGCAUAAUGAAAACAUGAUCCGGUCUUUGGCCUUGGGUUUUGAUCCUAGGCAGCUGGGGGUAGUUAAUUUUGUUGAAUGGUGGAGGUACAUUACUAAUGUUGCCAAACAAAUACAUCUUUGCUUUAUGGUGGAACACUGUGCUAUUAUUUGCUGGCAUGUAUGGAAGGCUAGAAAUGAGAAAUAUUAUGAACAUGUUGAUAUUUCACCUCACCAGGUAGUCACCCGCAUAUCCCUCAUGCUCAAAGAAUACUCUCCUCCAACAACUAAAGACCUUCUAGUUCCACCUCCCAAGCCCAGGGCAUCUGACAAACCACAACAAUCUUCUUGGUCUAGACCGCCACAAGGCUUUAUUAAGAUCAAUGUAGACGCUGCUUAUGUACCAGACUCGGGCUCUGCUGCACUAGCUAUGGUUGCACGCAAUUCAAAUGGCCAAAUUUGCUUUGGAUAUAGCUGGUUGUGUGGCUUUAUCUCCUUUAAUGGCCGAGGCACUUGCCAUCAGCAUGAAAAACUUCUUCCAUGGGAAGUAAAACCUGUUAUUAUGAACAUCAGACAAGCAUGCUUCUGUCAUCCUGACUUUCUCUUCAAUUAUGUGCUACGGGAAGGAAAUAGAGUAGCAGAUUGGGUGGCGAAAUCAUCACUGAUGGGCAAAUGCCCAUGGUACUGGGCGCACAGACCGCCUAACUUACUUUCAAAUCCUGAGGUCUUGGCUGCACAACGGGGACAGCAUGAAGAGAUCGAUGACGGUGGGCUUCAUCAGAUGGAAGGUAUCAGCUUUUUUGGUUCAGAACUUCAUGGGAUCACCGGAAGAUGCUGGCGGGGUGGCGAGAUGCGAAGGGUGGAAGUCAAGAGGCAAAACUGAAACAUUAUUUUUAAUGUUUAAAUCCGUAUAAGAGCUUUAUUUUGGAUGUGUUCUCGACUUCAUGUUUCCUAAUUUCAGGGAUUGUCUGAGAGCUUACCAUCCUCGAUGUGUGGGAAAGAAAGAAUUCAUUUUUAAAGUUCCAAAACAACUGUAUUUGCAGUUAAGUUUUGAUUCUUACAAGAUAUUAAGUUUUUAGCAUUCUAAGAAAAGCAUUCUUUGUCA